UAUAACUCACUUAGGACGCCGGUUGGCCGAGGCCCUGUUGUUUUUCAUUACAAGGGAGGGGCUCCGGUGGACUGUGGCUACACUGGACGAUAAAUCACACGAACCCUUUAUUGUGUCGCAUGUUUGGUGACGUCCAAUUAUCGACUUGUUCUGAAGUCUCUGGGGCCGAGGCCUAGAGACUUUUCCUAGCUAACGUUAUUAACAUUUCCAGUCACUGCCAGUAUUUUGAUGCGGGUUCUGACUGGGUGUGGACUAAUGAAGCGCUUUUUUGUGUGAGGAAAGGCGUCAAUAGUUGGAAACGUCCGCCAGCUAGUAAAAGCAUUAAAACUCCUAGCGAGGAAGUGAGGAGCGAAAAAAAUGACAUCUCGAAGGUGGUUCCACCCGAACAUCACCGGCGUGGAGGCUGAGAAUCUGCUGUUGACUCGCGGAGUGGAUGGGAGCUUCUUGGCCAGACCGAGUAAAAGUAACCCAGGCGACUUUACUCUCUCAGUACGGAGAAAUGGCGCCGUGACCCACAUUAAGAUCCAGAACACUGGGGACUACUACGAUCUCUAUGGCGGGGAGAAGUUCGCAACGUUGGCGGAGCUGGUGCAGUAUUACAUGGAGCACCACGGGCAGCUCAAGGAGAAGAACGGAGACGUCAUCGAGCUCAAGUACCCACUCAACUGUGCCGACCCCACCUCAGAAAGAUGGUUCCACGGUCACCUGUCGGGCCGGGAGGCCGAGAAGCUGCUGACGGAGAAGGGUAAGAACGGCAGCUUCCUGGUGAGGGAGAGCCAGAGUCACCCGGGAGACUUUGUCCUGUCUGUGCGCACCGGGGACGACAAGACGGACAGCGCUGACAACAAACCCAAAGUCACCCACGUCAUGAUCCGCUGUCAGCAAGACAUGUAUGACGUAGGCGGUGGGGAGAAGUUUGACUCACUCACAGACCUUGUGGAGCACUACAAGAAGAACCCCAUGGUGGAGACACUGGGAACCGUGCUCCAGCUCAAACAGCCGCUCAACACGACCCGCAUCAACGCUGCAGAGAUCGAGAGCCGCGUGAGGGAGCUGAGCAAACUGGCCGAGGCCACGGACAAGGUCAAACAGGGCUUCUGGGAGGAGUUCGAGACGCUGCAACAGCAAGAGUGCAAGUUACUGUACAGUCGCAAGGAGGGCCAGCGGGCAGAGAACAAGAAUAAGAACCGCUACAAAAACAUCCUUCCCUUCGACCACACGCGCGUGGUGCUCAACGACGGCGAUGACACUGAGGCGGGCUCCGACUACAUCAACGCUAAUCUCAUCAUGGUGGUGACUGACAUCAUGCCCGAGCUGGAGUCCAAGUCGAACAGCACCAAGCUGAAGAAGAGCUACAUCGCCACGCAGGGCUGCCUGCAGAACACCAUCAGCGACUUCUGGAGGAUGGUGUUCCAGGAGAACUCUAGGGUCAUCGUCAUGACGACCAAGGAGGUGGAGAGGGGAAAGAGUAAGUGUGUGAAAUACUGGCCGGACGUGUCGGCCCUGAAGGAGUACGGAGCCAUGCGGGUCCGAAACGUCAAGGAGACGGCCGCCCACGACUACACGCUCAGAGAACUCAAACUAUCCAAGGUUGGACAGGGGAACACGGAGCGGACCGUUUGGCAGUACCACUUCCGGGCCUGGCCCGACCACGGCGUGCCCACCGACCCCGGAGGUGUGCUGGACUUCCUGGAGGAGGUCAACCUGAAACAGGAGAGCAUCCUGGAGGCUGGCCCCAUAGCGGUGCACUGCAGUGCUGGGAUUGGACGAACAGGCACCUUCAUCGUGAUCGACAUCCUGAUAGAUGUGAUAAGAGAAAAAGGGGUGGACUGUGACAUCGACGUGCCCAAGACCAUCCAGAUGGUGCGCUCCCAGCGCUCUGGGAUGGUGCAGACCGAGGCCCAGUACCGCUUCAUCUACAUGGCCGUGCAGCACUACAUCGAGACCCUGCAGAGACGCAUCGAGGAGGAGCAGAAGAGCAAGAUCAAGGGGCGCGAGUACACCAACAUCAAGUACUCUAUGCUGGACCUGACCGGAGAGCAGAGCCCCCUGCCGCCCUGCACGCCAAUCCCAACGCCCAUCUGCACAGAAAUGAGGGAGGACAGCUCCAGGGUGUAUGAGAACGUGGGUCUGAUGCAGCAGCAGAAGAGCUUCAGAUGAGGGGCCGCAGGGAACCCGGCGAGCCACCAUUUCCAGGAACCUGACACCUGAACGAUUUUUGCCAGCCACACCUUGACGCCUGAGACUUGAAACCGUGUUGCGGACAUGGAACAAUAGAAAACAAUGGAAAACAACAUGACAUCGACGAGAGAGAGGGGAGGGGGAGAGAGGGCAAGAGGGAGGGAG